AUGGGGCUGCUGGAGCGGACGAGGAAAGAAUGGUUCAUUCUGGGAAUAGUGCUGGUGAUCGCCGUGGCUAAGCUGGAGCCUGCCAUUGGGGUGAAAGGGGGACCACUGAAGCCAGAAAUUACCAUAACAUACAUUGCUGUUUCAGCUAUAUUCUUUAACAGUGGACUCUCAUUAAAAACUGAGGAGCUGACAAGUGCUUUGAUGCAUGUGAAACUACACCUUUUUGUCCAGAUCUUUACACUUGUGUUCUUCCCAACAGCAAUAUGGCUUUUUCUUCAAGCAUUAUCAGUCACACCUAUAAAUGAAUGGCUUUUAAAAGGUUUGCAGACUGUAGGCUGUAUGCCACCUCCUGUAUCUUCUGCAGUGAUUUUAACCAAAGCUGUUGGUGGAAAUGAGGCAGCUGCUAUAUUUAACUCAGCCUUUGGAAGUUUUUUGGGUAUCGUUAUAACUCCACUGCUACUGCUGCUUUUUCUUGGAUCAUCCUCUUCUGUGCCUUUUACAUCUAUAUUCUCACAGCUGUUUAUGACUGUUGUAGUUCCUCUUAUUAUUGGACAGAUUGUCCGAAGACGCAUCAAGGAUUGGCUUGAGAGGAAGAAACCUCCAUUUGGUGCUAUCAGCAGCUGUGUGCUCCUGAUGAUCAUCUAUACAACGUUCUGUGACACUUUCUCCAAUCCAAAUAUUGACCUUGAUAAAUUUAGCUUGAUUAUAAUAGUGUUCAUAAUAUUUUUUGUUCAGCUGAGCUUCAUGCUUUUAACUUUCCUCUUUUCUACAAGGAAUAAUUCUGGUUUCACACCAGCAGACACAGUGGCUAUCAUUUUUUGUUCCACACAUAAAUCCCUCACCCUGGGUAUUCCAAUGCUGAAGAUAGUAUUUGCCGGCUAUGAGCACCUAUCUUUAAUUUCCGUCCCCUUACUUAUCUAUCACCCAGCUCAGAUUCUUCUUGGCAGUGUGUUGGUACCAACAAUAAAAUCUUGGAUGGUUUCUAGACAGAAGGCACUGAAGUUAACAAGACAGCCCAAAGUACCUGUGAAGGUAUAA